AUGGCUGAAAAGAAGAAGAAAAAAGGUGGUAAGAAGAAGAAGAAAGGAGGCGACAAUGUCUACGAAGCUUUACUGGAAUACAAAAUUACUGUGAUUGACAAAGAAUUGGAAGAGUGGCGUUUUCGUGCAUAUCAACUUGAAGAAGAAAAUCAAGCUUUGUCAGGACGUGAUGCGCAUCUACGCGAAGAAUGUGCUGAGUCUAUGAAAAGACUUGUCACCAAUGCGUUGCAAUUCGACAAAGAAAAUGUUACGUAUCCGAAAAUCGGCAGAGAAGAAGUUCACGCCGCUGUACAUGAAAAGAUGAAUGCAGCUGCCGAACAAGAAGCAGAGUUACGAAAAAUUCAUGAGCAAAUGCUUCGAGUGGAAGUCGAGAUAUUCAAAGUCCGAAGUUUAAUCAGGCAAUGUAUCAAAUAUCGUGAUGUCACACGAAUUGAAGAACAACGCGCAAUCGAUUCAUUAAAACGCGAGCUCGCCAACAUGACAGAAAAUUAUGAAGUGCUCACAACAUACUUAUCAGAAAGUACAAAUGAAGAACGAAUAACAUUGACCCAAACGGCACAGAACAAAAUUAAUCAAAAGACUCGUGCAGCGACCGAACGAGUGGCAUUAGGUCUCGAUCAAUUUACGAAAAAAAUGUUAAGUGAAAAUCAAUACAUGACACAUGAACUCACUUUACAAGAACAACAUGUGACACAACUGGAAGAACAAGUGCGAGCAUUGGAACAAACAAAUCUUGUUAUUAGCGAAAAAUUGAAUGUCGCACAUGUUGCUGAUACAACUGCUUUCAAAAACACAUUUGUAACAGAUUUAUUCGCGGAUGAUAUCGCAAAGGAUAUCGGCAACAAUGCUUUGCUGGCAGUGGAUUUAGGACAAUUAACAAUACGCAGUGAUACAGGCGAGAAAACAUUCGAACAAUUAAUAAAUGAAUUGGAUAAAAAUACACCACGAUUAGCAACAAUCGAUGAUGAAUCGACUAUUGUUUCUCCAACGGCGAACCUUCAUGUAGAAGGUACUCAUAUGUCAGUCCUCUCGCCCCCAAAACUUGAUGAGGAAGAGGAGAAAUAUCUCGAUUUCAAAGGACCGACAUGGAUCGAUCCACCCCGAUUGAGACAAGCGCUACGCAAAUCGUAA